AUGUCUGAAAUCUCAUCAUCUAUUGUAAGUGGUAUUUAGAGUGAAGAAGAGGAUAAAGAAGUGAACUAAAAGUAUCUUAGUCAGAAUAAGAAUGAGAAAAUAAAUGCAUUUGCAUAAGAGAAAUGUAAAAUGAGUAAUAUAAUCUUAUAGAGAAUUGGGGAAAAAAUAAGUCUAAAUAUUAUAAGGAAGAUGCAGAGUCAGGAGAUUCAGAUGCUGAGUUGGAGGAAGAAAUGGAAGCAAAAGCAUUGUAAUUAUAAGCAGCGAAGAAGAUUUAGGAUGCUGAUGUUUGGGAUGUGCAUGUGGAUUAAGAGGAAUAAGAAAUUGAGUAGAAAGCAAAGUAAUUAUCUAAUGAAUACAAUUUGAUUGGAUUGCAAUGUUUAAGUGAGGAAAUUGGGAUAGAACCAGAAAUAAUCGAGAAGAUGGAUGUUAAAGAAUUAAAUACUGUUAUAUUAAAGGGUUGGCCUGAAUUGAAAGGAAUCCUCAAAGAAAUUAGUCAGGUAGGAAAGGAGAUUAAAAUAAUAAAGAGGAAUUGCAAGAAAGAAAAAGGAAGUGAAAUUAAAAAGUAUUUGACUAUAAGAGUUGAAUUAAUGUAGAGUUAUUUUGGAUUAUUGUGGUUUUAUUUGCAUUUGAGAGCAAGAACAAGAUUGAGUUAACAUCAUCCAAUUUUCAAAAAGAUUAAUGAUUUGAAAGAGUUAAUUGAGGAAAGUGAGAGUUACGAGAAAUAUGCUCAAUUGAUAUAGAUGAAUGUUGAUUAGAAGGAGAAGGAGGAAUCUGCAAAGAAGAAGGAAGUUAAGAGAAAGGAGUAGACCAAGAAAUAGGAAGAAGGAUAAGAUACUUUGAGUUUGAAGAGGAAAUUGAAGAAUAUUUACAAUAAUAAUAACAGAGAAGAUGUAGAUGAGAAGAAGAUUUCUAAAAUUAAGAAGUUAUUGGAAGAUGUAGACAGAACUCAUAAUAAAAAUGAGAAUAAAGGAUAGGAUUCUGAGGAAUCAAGAAUAUCAGUGAAUUCUGGAGAUAUGUUAGAUGCUAUGAAAGAUGUAGAUGAGCAUUUAGAAGAAGGAGGAAUGGAUGAGAUUUAUGAAGAGAAUUUAAAGAGGAUUAAGGAUAAGAAGAAAUAGAAGAGGGAAGAGAAGAAGGUUGAGAGACUUGAGAAUUUCUAAAAGUUAAAUAAGUUAUAGAAAUUACAUGAAGUAGGAGAGGAUGAUCCAAGGAAGAUUACUUAUGUUAUGUUAAAGGUAAUUAUAAUUUUAGAGAGUCAUAGAAUCUUUCAUUAAUGAGGAGGAGAAGAGGUAACAGAAUUAAGAAUUCAAGAGUUAAACACAAGUUGAAGUACGAAAAAGCACUCUACAAAUUGAAGAGUCAAAACAAAUACUUAAAGAAGUAAAUUGUGAGAUUUAAUUUAGUCCUGUAACUUCUAAUUAUGUGGGAGAGGGAGCAAUUAAGUCUGGUGUUAUCAAAGGUGUAAGAUUGUAGUGAUUAAUUUUGUGCAUAGGAGAG